UAAAUAAUUAUAUUACUCUAUGUGCCAAGGUCUCGGAAAACGUUAUCAAUUUAUUAUAAUCGCUGAUAUUGAUAUGAACUAGUGGAACUACCUAYCAUUACAUCCUAUAUUGUAGAUUAAAGAAAUAAAAGAAUACCCUUAAAACAUUUAACUGUUAAGCGUUUAGGUCAGAGCUCUCUAUAAMAUAAGUUAUUUUUAAGUUUUGAAUUUCUAAACUUCUUUAUUUAUGGAAUGUAAUUAUUACAGUGACCUAUUUUGUAUAUUGUGACAACAUUGUAUGCAAUAAGUAUGAAUACGUUUUAAGCGCAUAGAUACCAAGCGAAAACAAUGAUUUUAGAAGAUAACCAAAAUGUUGUCAAACCAAGGAAUAGUCGAGCAGCUCGGCCUAAAGUCGUUUACCAAUGGACUGUACAAGAUGUUCAAAAAUGGUUUCGUCGUCAUUGCUAUGAUUAUUAUGUCUUAUAUGGAGAAAAGUUCUUGCAGCAUGAAAUAAUUGGACGCGCCUUAAUAAGAAUAAAUGAAAAUCAACUGUAUCGUAUGGGAAUUAUAAAUCCAGAUCAUAGUCAAGACAUUUGUCGUGAAAUACUUAAACUACGCCUUAAAACUUAUAUUUUAGAGUUUAGAGAUUUAGAACGUAAUAAUCUUUAUGAUUAAGAUUUCAAAUAUCAACAAUGGUACAUUGAAAGCCCGAGAGUAGUGAUCCGAGGACUAUUAGGCUUGAUUGAACCUAUUUCGGUUUCUACUUUGUAAAAUGAUAUUGGAUGAAAUGUACUGAUAUCAAUAAGAGUACUAUUUUUAUUGAACACUCUUAUAACACCUGGAGCUUCACAUCCUGCAAUACAUUAUUAAUAUAAUAUCYUAAAUAUUUUGAUAAUAAUUAUUAACUAUUUAAAAUCAUUUUAUUA